AUGGAACCGUUCGCGCUUCGAGCGAUCAAUGGGCGCAGAACGGAUGCGUUCGUCGUGGAUGACUCAAGACCGAACAGGUGUGAACCGAAGCGAAUUAAUAGACGGAUAUGGGGUUCCGCGCGCUCGUUAGAUUUCAUCGUUCCGCGCGACUCUGAAGAGUGGCCUCAGAACUGCGACGGACGCGAGGCGCUUUGCGAAGUUUUGCGACGAGUGGCGAAAAACAGAGAAGUACUAGCCGCGGUGGCGAACUCGCAAGCGCCUGGUUUGACGCCAUUCUUGGAAAUGCUCAUCGCGUUGAAAGUUCCAAACUUUCUCGUCAUCGCGCUCGACGAGCCGCUGACAAAGCGUUUGGAUGAGCUGGGCGUGCCCUAUUACUUUCACGAAGAUCCCGUGAUGGGUAAUCACAAAGUGAGCGCGAAGAAGUUUGCUUUGAUUCAAGAGUUCGUCGCCGUAGGAUGUUCUGUGCUGCUUACCGACACAGACGUCACGUAUCAGCAGAACCCAUUCGAUUACUUGUACCGCGACAGCGACAUCGAAAGCAUGAGUGAUGGCUUCGAUAAUGAUUCAGCCAAUGGAUUCUUACAGCCUAUCGACGAUGUUUCGUUCGGUGAGGCUCGGCGGCGCGCUGGAUCAUUUCGCGUUGCCGCGCUCAAUAGCGGCAUGUGGUACGUGAGCGCCACUGAAGCAAGUUUGCGGUUGAUGAAAAUCAUGGCGCAUCGCUUGGCAACGGAAGAGUUGUGGGACCAGAGCGGGUACAAUCUUGAGCUCUGGUUCGCGAGUCGCGACGCGCACAUGACGUCAGGGGCGACAGUGCGAGUCAUGGAUCCGUUUUGCUUCAUGAACAGCAAGGUCAUGUUUCGAAUCAUUCGUCACUCGAAGCCUUUACAGCGAGAGAAUCAUCGCCCGGUGGCGAUGCACGCGAACUAUCACACGGACAAGGACAACAAAAUCAAGCUCGUUCACGCGUAUUAC